AAAAAAGUUAAAAGUAUUCGGGGCGACAGCUCGUUUCGCCGGUUGGAUGUUUGUCCCAACGCGGCCGCCGGAGUGUCACGUGAUCAUAAUACGUCGCUCCGAUUUUACCGCGAAAUUGAAGCGACCUGCAAAGCAAAGAGUGUGGAGUUUUUCCGGGGUAAGAGGUUUAUUUCGUUUUUUCCCCGUCGUGUUAGUCCUUUAAGGGUGUCGGGAUGUUUUGUGAGAAAGCCAUCGAGUUAAUCAGAGAACUCCACCGCAUGAGCGACGGACAGCUGCCCGCUUUUAACGAGGAUGGACUCCGGCAGGUUCUGCAGGAGAUGGAGGCGCUUUAUGAACAGAACCAGAGCGACGUUAACGAGGCGAAGUCUGGAGGUCGAUCUGACUUGAUUCCCUCCAUUAAGCUGCGUCACUGCUGCCUGCUGAGGAACCAGCGCUGUGUCAUCGCCUACCUGUACGACCGCCUGCUGAGGAUCAGAGCUCUGCGCUGGGAAUAUGGCAGCGUGCUGCCCGCCAACAUCCGCUUCCACCUGUGUGCAGAGGAGGUGCAGUGGUUCGGACAGUAUAAGAAGUCUCUUGCCUCCUUCAUGCGCUCUUUGGGUGGAGGCGACGGUCUGGACGUCACUCAGGACAUGAAGCCUCCGAAGAGUCUUUACAUCGAGGUGAGGUGUUUAAAGGACCACGGCGAGUUCGAGAUCGACGACGGGACUGUGAUCCUGCUGAAGAAGAACAGUCAGCACUUCCUGCCGCGGUGGAAAUGUGAGCAGCUGAUUCGUCAGGGCGUUCUGGAGCACGUCAUGUCCUGAUGUCAUCAUGUCCCACAGCUGAUUCAUCUGCUCACUAAUCAGGAAAGCUCAAAAGUCCUGUUGCCCCUGAACACAACAGUUUAUAAUAUACAGUAAAUAAAACUUUUU